CAAGCUGAAAGUCGAAAAAAAAUUUGGACAAUUAGCGCACCCAGAAAAUUCGUUUUUCUCUGGUGCCAUAGUAAGGCGUAGUGAAGAACGAAUGUAUGCUAAACUAGUGGCCCCUGAAGCAGACUACGGGUCGAAGAUCGACUUCGCUUUGCUACCAGGACCAGGAGUGGAAGACUAUGGUCGGAAAUUUGCUUGAUAAAAACCGAAGUCUCCAUGCGGUUGAGCUGCAUGAGAUUCAUAAUGCCAACAUAGUAUGAAACAAGUGACUCAGAAGUCUAGUACGGAUAUGUAAUAUUAUAGUCUCAUUUUUGUGAUAUUAACUUACUUAGCUUCUAAGGUGCAGCUUGCCUCCGGAUUCUCGGAUUUCCGGAUCUUGUUGUUCUUCGGCAAGCUCUCGUCGAAGCGUAUAGAGGUGGUUCGAUCGAGUUAGGGACGCAGGAGACGCUUCGAGGACGUCGUUCAUCUGCUAGUAGUACUAGUUGUACAUUAAUAUCGACAGAACAAGAAAUGUUGAGGUCGUUGACCUCCCACCUCCAGACGCCAGCAGAACAGCAGUCGUUGAGAAGUUUUGUCAACGACGUACUGAGCCAAGAAGACCUAGGCGUCGAUGUAUACGGUAACCACGAUGACAAUCAGGAAAACGAAAUAAACGCAGACAACAACGACCUCGGCAUCAACCCUGACGAACUCCUCCAGCGUCUUUGGGCUUAUUCUUUCAAUCAUGUGAGACCUUGGGACCUCAACCAGCGUUGUUUCGAGCAUUUAGAAGACACCUUCGACGGGCAUGGGCCUGAAGCGUUGGACGAAAGCCUGCAAUGGCUUACCAGGACCUUCGAAAAAUACAAGCAUCAAGUUCAGAAUGUUAUGGGACCAUUAACUUUUCUUCAACUUCUGAUGUUAUGGUACUAAGAGUAGGGAGAACAUGGAACUAAUUACAAAAUGUUAUGCUCGUAAACUCGUCAGGUGUCCUUAUCUAAGUAAGUUUAAACUGUUCCCAUGUACGGUCUAUGCUUUUCAAAAACAUGGUAGAUGGUUGCCUCUGCUAGUAAUUGUACUCCUACUACUAGUUACUUAACCCAACAAGAAAUGGUCAUCAUCUCUAACGUUUAGCGUAGCUUCUGGUGCGAACGGAUUCUGCGAAACAAGCUGACUAAGUUCGACCAUGCAAAAGCCGAAAAGGAAGGACACAAUCAGUGCUAG